AUGUAUAUUCAAAAAGGGGAUCUUUUGAACAUUCAUCAGAGUGCCUCAAAACCUAGCCUAUUGUCGUCAUAUUGGUCAAUACAUGUUCAGAAUUCGGAUCGUUUGGAUGUUGACGUCAAAAGUUGCUCCCAGUCAUCACUGCCUGAUGCUUUCGAUGCGAGACCAAGCUCAUUGAGAGGUACAAAAAGCUUAUCAGAUCUGGCGAUGGACAUGACACAGGAACGGGCAUCAUUGUCAUCUCGAGAUUUCCCCACAUCUGUCGGCGUUGACGAGCCGACAACAACGACCGCUGCGACGACAACAACGGCUGCAUCAGCCGUACAUGGAUGCUAUGAUACCCUAGCGAAAUCGUAUAACAGAAUGGCUUACGGCUAUUGA